CGUUUCUAACGACCUCGCACUUAGAACAUUAUCUUAUAACAUUUAAAAAAAGGCCUAGGUGUGGAUUUGACUUCCACAACCUUCUCCUUAUGUACGCCACUGUACCAGACAUUACUAUUCAUAUAUUUUUCUUGAAAUGACGAUGCCUCUGCUUAUCAUAACCACCGUAUAAUCUUUUAUUAUGAAAAUAUAUAUUCUCAUAUACCUAUAUAGGUACUGAGAGUAAAUAUGAUUAUAAUUACUGUACACUCGUUACAAAAUGUACCGAGUUUUAAUAAAAAUUAUUUUGGACAUUAGUCAGGGUGAAAGUGGCUUCCCCCGUAUCAGAGAAAAAAUAUAGUUGAGGUACGCAGAAAAAAAAAAAAAAAAAAGUAGAGGAGCUCCAUCCUCCUACGCACCCACCAUUCGAUCACUGGUAUCAGCGAUUCGAUAUUCACAAAAACGAAUCAAUAUUUUAAAAGAUCGGACCAUGAAUAUGGAUUCGUAAAAUUCGCACGAAAAACAUCGAUAUUUUAUAAUACCGUACGGUUCACCGCGAGUCCUUCACGAUUAUUGUACACCUACCCAGGUGUAUUGGGUCGCGCGCGCCGUAAUCCGUGUGUAAUCCGUGCGCGCGUAAAUGUGACUCGCGCCCGUGUUCAACCGUCUAAAACGUAAUAAUUCAUCGUGACGAGAUACAAUGCGUAUAGUAGUAUUAGUCCACGCGAUUAUGAUGUCGCGGUAUCCAUUGUGGCCGUUGCAUUCGUUGCUAAACCUCGAGCAAGGGCGUGGAGUGCAAGCAAACCCGGUUUGUUACACGAUAAAUCGAAUUGACAUUGGGCCACGUAGGUGCCUCGUUAAACUUGUUGUUGAACAAAAGGUGACCGCGGAACCGGGACCGGACCGGUGGUGAUGGCUUCAGCAGCGGGUCGCGGAUCACCGAACGGUCGCCGACGUCAGUGCGACCACGCGGAACGUUCCACCUGCGGCGGCGGCGGCGGCGGCGGCGGCGGCCACCGAUCGCUGAUCGACGAACGGUGGCCGUCCACGGUGGCCGGCAUCGCGUCCACCCUGGUGGCCGUGCUCGUCGCCUGGUGCCUGCUGUGCGUGAACGUGACCCCGGCCCUGAUGGCCGUGCCCGGCGGCAGCGUGGCCUCCGUGUUCCUGUUGUACGUGGUCAGCAUGGCCGCCGGCAGGGCCGUGGCCGCGGUCGGCGGCCUGCCCUCGCUGUUGGGCAUGAUGUUGGCCGGCAUCGCUCUCCAGAACUGCGGCCUGUACACCGUCACCGCCGAUUGGUGUGUUCGUCUGGUGUCCAUCAUGCGAGAGGCCGCGCUGGCCGUGAUCCUGAUCAAAGGCGGCUUGGAGCUGAACGCCGGUCAGUUGCGACGGCUGAGCGGUGCCGUGACAAGACUGGCUCUGUUGCCGUGCAUUUUCGAAGCCGUGGCCGCCGGUGUUGCCGCGCAUUACUUGCUGCCCGAUUUCUCCUGGGAAUGGGGCCUGAUACUCGGGUUCACUCUAUCGGCAGUCAGCCCGGCCGUACUGGUGCCGAGUCUGUUAAAACUAAAACGAAUGGGUUACGGCGAAGAGAACGGAGUCAACACGUUGGUGAUAGCUGCGUCAAGUCUAGACGACAUCGUGUCCAUUAGCGCCUUUGGCGUUUUACUUGGCAUAGUGUUUUCGACCGGAGAUUUAACCAGUAAAAUCGUACAAGGCCCUGAAGAUGUUUGUAUUGGAACUGCAUUGGGACUUUUGUGGGGAUUUUUUUUGAUCUUCGUACCACCUUCGCCGUGGGCUCAGGUAUACCAGAGCCAAAAUGAAAAUGAAAUGACCGAAGAAAAACAAGUUUGUCACAAAAAAAUUGAGCAAUCCGUAACGGCUCAAAGGGCAUUUUUACUGGGCGCCGGUGGAUUUCUGGCUGUCACCGGUAGUCAAUGGUACGGGUUUCCCGGAGCCGGUCCUCUAGCGUGCAUCAUAUCGUCGUUCGUGGCGGGAACCGGUUGGAAAUGGAGGGUGAGAAAGCAAAACCAGAACGACAACCCUGUUAUUCCCUUCGAUGGCGACGACGAGGAGCAGAGCCAAGAGGAUCCGGUCGAAAAAGUGUUCGAACAUAUUUGGUUCGGUCUACAGCCGGUACUGUUCGCGUCCAUUGGCACCGAAAUCAAAUUCCAACUGCUUGUAGGUGACGAUAAUAUAAUCUUUACUGCACUGAUGGUCCUCGUGUUCGGUUUGAUUGUUCGGACGAUUGUCACAGCGUUAUCGGUUCUGGGCACAGGAUUCAACCGCAACGAAGUGAUAUUCAUCAAUGUUGCAUGGCUCCCGAAAGCUACCGUACAGGCUGCCUUAGCACCGGUCGCUUUGGACAUGGCCAGAAUGAUGGGUACGGAAUUGGACAACGAAAGUGCCAGAAGGUUGUUGACCGUUUCCGUGAUUUCCAUACUGGUCACCGCACCUAUCGGAGCACUCGGCAUCCAGUGGUUCGGUCCCAAAUUAUUGGCCAAGUCCAGUCGGUAAUAUUGUCGCAGGGAUUUCGAACCAGAUUCAUUUUGUGGACGGUCGUCUAUUUUUAGUUAAGAUCACUGCUUCGAUGAGAAAUUAAAAAAUUAAAUGAAAAAAAAAAUGGAUGAAUAGAAAACGUAUUGUUAUAUAUGAAGUUUUUAGUUUCACCUCAAGAGCACUUGUACAAUAAACGAUUUUAUAAACUUUAA